GAUUGAUGCUCUCCCUCGCUGGGUGGUGCUCCGUCUUCAUUCCAUGCUAGGACAGUCCGAGUCGCCCUCUGCCGCCGCCUCGCACUAGGACCUGCCUGCCGGCCACGAUCCCCUCCACGCCACAGUCCCACCCAGCCUCGGAUCUUCAUGCAGCUCACCUUCCUAGAGCUUGCUUGCGUGUGACGUCGGUCCCAGAGCUCACGUCCAUGCCCCUUGGCUCACGAUCCCUUUGCGAGAGGUGUGUCCGGACUCGGCCCUUCCACGAGUGUAUGGUACGGUCAACAUGUUUGGCACUCUCACCAGCUUAGUUCAGUCGGCCACAGUUGGGCCUCCGCCGAAGGAUGUGCCGCCACCGACGCAGAUCGUGCUUCCGGAGUACCACCCGAGGCUUGAUGACAAUGACACCAACGCAAGCCCUCCACACAUAGCUGCAGAUUCUCUAGUACCCUUCCUGCAGACGCUGUAUCGUCCGCCCCAGCUUGAUGAAUCAUACUUCAAGGCUCUUGGGGUUCACGUCCACGACAAUGUUUCCACUGAGGAUAUCAUCCCAGAUCCGGCCUUGCUGCCUCAAGCCACCGGCUGGGAGGACAUGACUCCCGAACAUGCUCAGGACGUCAAUAAGGAUUUCCAGAGGCCUCUUUGCAACGGCAACAAGUCUCCGGACGCCAGGAUCUAUACAGACAGGAGGAAAGAGCUGUCUGCAGACAAUCAAGCGGCCUUCCGAACCCUUCGCCGCAUCAAGCCCGAGCCAGGCAAGCAGGCUGUCCGGCUGGGAGGAAGCUACGAGUUCUUCAAGCAGAUGGACCUCAUGGCCGGGUUCUGGGACGAUACUUCUCUGCCGGCGCAGAAGUCGAGCGAGGACGAUGUGUCCAAACAGUUGGCACGGGAGGAUAACGACGACCACUCACCGCCGGGAGCUACGCCAAUCCUACACCCUAUAGAUGGCAGUCUCGACCAGGCCGCGCACGCUCUCGUCGCCGCAACCACCGAGCCUGUACGCCCUCAUCAGCAAGACGAUGGCAAGGACGACAAGCACCGUGUUGAGGGCCCCGAACAGGUUGUCUUCCGCACGGGUGUAGGUUCGCAGAUGCCUGCGUCCUACCGACAUGACAUGGUUAGCGCCUUCAUCAAGCUUGUCGCGUACGAUUUUGGCUGUAACAUAGCGCCAUCGCGAGUCGAGCCUCGGUUAUACCUCCGGGCGCCAACUUCCGCUGAGGCGAACCAGCCCUCUACGGUUCCCAUGACGGUGCCAUUAUCCAGUCCUGAUGAGAUCAAACCCAAAAUCCAUGGUAAAUUGGUCAAGGAGCCGAAGUGCUCCCACCUCCCCUCCGGAUGUACAUUCCUCUUUCGCAUGCCUACCACCCGCGAAGCCGCAAGGGCGGGGAUAGUCGAGGGACCUGUGGCGGCUGUGUCGAUUCGCAACGCGACCUCUUUUACACCAACCUCGUCUACUACCUCACCCCUAGAUUCACGCGCAAGCUCACAGCCUGCAAAGGACGAGGGCAGCCUAGACGCCCGUCUCGACCUCGGCCGAGAAAUCAUCGCCGCUCUGGUCACAGCACAGCUGCGUGACCGGGAGGGCAGGACAGAGCAGCGCAUCGGAGAGGGGAAAUGGUGGGCGAGCGAGAAACGCUGGGGUGGCGGCCAAGGCGGGCCCAUCGGGCGGGAAAUCGACAACAACACCGAGAUCAGUAGCACGCACCAGGUUGGUGACGAGCCAGACAAAAUGUCCCCACCAUCCUCAUCGUCCCCCUCGACGAAAUCUCCUCCCCAGGCCCGGACUCACCUCCAGCGAAUCACUCCAAGCAACAAGCGGCCCCGCAAGACCCUGAGCAUAUACGACAACUACCGCAUGGUUCGCAAGCCCGCGUCCAACUGGGACAGUAAGGCGCGGUACCAGGCAAUAGGGAAGCAGCCAGGCGCCGACUACGACGAUAUUUUCUUGUUUAGCAGCUUGUUCCAUCACUUCUCGGUGGUCAGAGUGCGCGUCCCCAAGGUGCUUUUGCGCAUCUUCGAGGGCGACGUGACCUCGGCAGCGGUAGCAGCAGCAGCUGGGGAGACAGCGCUCCCGACGGCGACGGCGGCGGGAGGGGCAAGACCUUGGGGAAAGCUCGAGGUCUGGCGCACACAAUGGUUCGACCUUUUCAUUGUAAAAGACCGGCUCGAGGCCAUGAGACUGCUCUGGGGCGUCAUGAUGUGGCUCAUGCGCGAGACUGCCAACGAAGAGAGUGUCGGGUCUGGCACCGGUCGUGGUCAAGAACAUACAGCCCCUGAUGUGGUGACGAAGGAUUCGUAGAAACCUUGAGGGAAAAUGAGCAAAGUAGAUGCGAGCGACGAACGACAUAACGAUUCGUCGAAUCAAGUGCAUGAAAUAUGUAAAUGAGUUUGGCUG